AUGGCUCUGGCAAAUGGUCUUCGUAUCAUCUGGCUGGACACACAUAUUGGAGUUAUGGGACAAUAUAUGACUCUGAAGAAACAAUUUCAAGAUACUCUUCAACCAGUUGGCGCUAUGCCACCCAAUCAGAUCAAUGAACUUAUUUGUUGUUUUGAGGAAAAUGUCGCUCCGAUCGAAUUUGUCUCAACCAGUGAAGAUGCAUUGGCUCUAAUUCAGUACGAGACGAGUAAAAGAAUUAUUUUGAUCUCAUCUGGUACACUCGGAGAAGAAAUCAUCCCCAACAUUGUUUCCGAAUAUUCACGUGUUUAUUUUUUCUAUAUUUUCUGUGGUUAUGUUCAACGUUUAGUCGAAUGGGCUCUUGAUCACGGCUACGAGGAUAUCAUGAAAAUUCUCGAUCAUGAGUUUGAUCUUCUCGUCCACCUCACUCGUGAUAUGUCAAAGGAUAUCAUUAAGUUGGGAGGGAGUUAUAUGACAUUGCGCGAUGGAAACAGCGCACGAAAGUGUUUUGUAACUGCUCAAACGCUGGAAACCCAUGCAAACGCUGUAGAUGCUUUACAUAAUCGUGCUCCGCUUCGUGAACGUCUUCAAAUACUUGAGGGCCCCAAUGGGCUCAUUCAACAAGCGCGCGAUUUGGGUGAAUCACAAAAUUAA